CAGUUUUAAAGCGUGUGUUCUGCGUUGCGUUCGCAUUGCUUUUGUUUUUGCUUUUUCAAGAAACGUUCUCAACUCGAAGAACAUCCGUGAGACAAUCGAGACACAGUAGCAAAAAUGUAUCAGCGUCAAGUUUCCUUCGAUAAGCCAACUCGCAUCGAGGACUCUGCGUAUAUAGCGGAGGGCGUGGACAUGCGGGAGGCGCGCAACACGUGCCUGCUGUUCUCGCCGAAGGACUCGUCGCUGGCCAGCGGCGCCUUGGCCAACACGUUGGCCAUCUUCAAGAAGCACGACAUCAAUCUGGUGCACAUCGAGUCGCGCUCCUCGCUGCGUGUGCCCGGCUACGAGUUCUUUGUGGAGUGCGAUGGCAAGUCCGGUGCCCUGGGCAAGGCCAUCGAGGAUCUGAAGGAGCAGUGCAGCUACUUCAACAUCAUCUCGCGCGAUUACAAGGACAAUGCGACGGCUGUGCCCUGGUUUCCACGUCGUAUACGUGAUCUGGACCGGUUCGCCAAUCAGAUUUUGAGCUAUGGUGCGGAGCUGGAUUCGGACCAUCCGGGCUUCACAGAUCCCGAGUAUCGCAAGCGUCGCAAGUACUUUGCGGACAUUGCCUACAAUUACAAGCACGGGGAGCAGCUGCCGCAUGUGGACUAUACGAAGGAGGAGAUCGAAACGUGGGGCAUCAUCUUUCGGAAUCUGACCAAGCUCUACAAGACGCACGCUUGCCGCGAAUACAAUCAUGUCUUUCCCCUGCUGGUGGACAACUGCGGCUUCCGGGAGGAUAACAUACCACAGCUGGAGGAUGUCUCCAACUUCUUGAGGGAUUGCACGGGCUUCACUCUCCGCCCGGUAGCUGGCCUGCUCAGCUCUCGCGAUUUCUUGGCUGGUCUGGCGUUCCGCGUCUUCCAUUCCACCCAGUACAUCAGGCAUCCCAGCAAGCCCAUGUACACGCCCGAGCCGGAUGUUUGCCACGAGCUGCUGGGUCAUGUGCCUCUCUUCGCCGAUCCGGCCUUUGCCCAGUUCAGUCAGGAGAUUGGCUUGGCCUCGCUGGGCGCACCCGACGACUACAUUGAGAAGCUGUCCACGAUCUUCUGGUUCACCGUGGAGUACGGCUUGUGUCGGCAGGAGGGAGAGCUGAAGGCCUUUGGCGCCGGCCUGCUCUCCUCCUACGGCGAGUUGGAGUACUGUCUGACGGACAAGCCACAGCUCAAGGACUUCGAGCCGGAGGUGACUGGCAUCACCAAGUAUCCCAUCACCCAGUUCCAGCCGCUUUACUAUGUGGCCGACAGUUUCGAGAGCGCCAAGGAGAAGACCAUCAAAUUCGCCAACUCCAUACCGCGCCCUUUCGGCGUGCGCUACAAUGCCUACACGCAGAGCAUCGAGGUGCUGGACUCCAAGCCGCAGAUCUCGAAUCUGAUGAACAACAUCAACUCCGAGUUCCAGAUACUUCAGAACGCGAUUGUCAAGCUGCGCGUCUAACUCGAUUCAUAUAAUCCUAACUAUAAGACACUUUAUAUCUAUAUAUAUCGCGACUGGAACCAAGCCGGGCUCAGUCCACAAUUUCAAUUAAACUUUAAUCAUUAACCGAACCUUAAACCCAAACAGUUGUUUAAUAAACAGCUAAAACAAAA